CUGUACCAUUGAGCUACAUCCCGCCCCAUGAUAAAACAACGUCUGUGCAAGAAUAAUAUGGUACAUCGUAUUCUUUUUAAUAUUUUAAUAGAUAUAUAACAACCAUGCCAUGAUGCGUCUGUGAUGGGUGUGAUAUGAAGUUAAGGAAGGAAGAGAAGUUAUAUGUUAAAUGAUACACGUUAGAGUACUGUAGAAUUUUGCACAGGUGUCAAAUGCUGUUUACUCUUCUUAUUGAUAUUGGGAUUAAAGGCAUAUCUUUACCAUAUUGACCUGUGGGUUUUGUGUUGCUGUUUUUCAGAUUCAAAAAUAUUAACGUUUUCACUGACUGACAUGGAUGUUGGAUCAAACGGUCAGUUUACUUUAUCUAUAGAGGGUGACAGUGGAAUAAACCAACAGUUCAAGAUAGACGGACUGGAUCUACUCACUGGAUCUCGUAAUGUCGGGUAUGAAUCUCAAGCUGAAAACGAUUACAAGAUUAUUCUGGAAGUCAUUGCUGUUGACAAGCCAGAAAGUGGUUUUGCGAAAACGACUACAGCUGUUGUUAUUCUUGAGAUAUUGCCAGUUAAUGAAAAGAGUCCGGUUUGGAAAAGUCCAACAGUUGACAGCAAUGGAAGAUUUCCAGACGUUAGGAUUCCAGAGGAUAUAUCUCCAGGUUCUAACAUUUCAACGUUUGAAGCUACCGACGAUGACAUGGGAACUGAUGGAAUUGUUACAUAUCAUCUUAUCUCAGUGACUACGAAUGCAGGAUCUGUAGUUGAGGAUAUAUUUCUACUGGAUAUGGAGUCUGGUGUUUUAAGAACUAGAGCAAACCUUGAUCGAGAUGACGCUACCGGAGGUGUGGAGUACUAUGAUGUGGUCCUGGAAGCACGUGACAGCAAUGAGUCGCCAAGGACGUCUAGAGGAACUGUUUGGAUUCUACUGGAUAACGUGAACGACAACCUGCCAGUGAUCGACUGUUUGUACGUGCUUCACGUACAGGAAAACACAAGUAUUGGAGAGACUAUUUUAACACUGCCAGAUUCUGAUGCUGACCAAGAUUCGGUGACGUUUACAAUAUUAGAUACAGAUAAAGUUGACAUACAGAGCGGGACUAAUAAUGUGAAUAUCGCGCAGGCCUUCGAUUUUGAAACUGAAACUUCAUACACGGCCUUAAUAAGUGCAUCUGAUGGUAAGCAUGUGGUUAAUUCAACCCUAAUCAUAAUGGUUGUUGAUGUGAAUGAUGAAGCGCCAGAAGUGACUAUCAGCAGUAUAUCGAUACGGGAAGAACUAAAACCAGGAACAGCAGCGUGUGGAGCGUUCACAGCCACGGACAGGGAUGAGGGAGAUGUAUUAACAUUUAACAUUAGUGGCAAACUCGUGAUUGCUUACAUGAUCCACUAUGAGGUGUACACCCCUAAAAGAAUCGGUAGUCCCCUACGAGAUCCAUAA